AUGGAUUUAGAUUCGCCAGACAAAAAGCAUCGCCACCAUAAGAAACAUAAACACAAGAAGCAUAAAAAACAUCGCCGAGGCGCUAAAGAAACAAGUGAAGCAGAAGAAGGUAGCACUGAACAGGAAAUUGAACUUGACCAAAUUGAAUACAGUAUGGAUAUGAUUGAAGAAGCUGUAACAAUUCCGACUGAAGAGCAUUUUCUGAUGGAUGCAGAGCACUGUGAAGGUGCCCUUGAAGUCAUUGAAGAGCUUGUAGAGAUAGAUGAAAAUGAAAUAGGCACAAUCAAUAUUGAAGAAAUGGUUUUGGAAAAUUAUGGCCAAGACUAUGAUGAGCUAGAUGUUGUUGAUGUGGAUGGAGUUGAUGAAGAAAUCCUUGAAGACAUAGAAGAAGAUUUGUUGGAUGAGGUUGACGAGUCAGAUGAAGAAGAAGAAGAACCAUUGGACAGCACACCUGAAAAGGCUAAACCUUUAGAAGAUUCAUCAAAAGGAAAAAGAGUACGAGAUCGAUCGAAAAGAACUAGGGACGAUGGGGAUGGUUCCAGUGGUGAAGAGGCAUGGCUAAAAGCUUUGGAAUCAGGAAAAUUGGAAGAGGUUGACGAUGAGUUGAAAAAGAUCAAGAAUCCAAAGUUAAUGACAGUCCGCCAACGAGCUCUUCUAGAACGGAAAGGAGAAUUGCAGAACGAAGAAAUUAUAAAAGAGGAACUAGUUGCUCUCCCAACGGGGUAUAAGGAACAAGUGAUGACAGAAGAAUUGCUGAAAAAGAAAGCUAUUAAAUCCGAAAGGCGACGUGAAGUUGCAGCACAAAAAAGAGAAAAAGAGAAGAAACGAACAAUCGAUCGUCUUCUCCUAAAGAAGGAAAGCAAACUGAACAAAUCUUGUGCCACAAGCGUAUCCGCUUCCACGUCGUCAGCUGUCGUUUCCGUUUCCAAUCAUACUUCGUGUUACACGUGGAAGCAAACAUCUGAUGGGAACAUCACCUUCAGUGUACCCAUAGGAACUGAAUUCCCUUUAAUGCCUCAGUCUGCCAAAGAUCCUACAGCUGGCAUAAAGUGUGGAGUUGAAGGUUGUGCAAAUCUCAAACGUUAUUCGUGUUCUAAGACCGGAGUACCAUUGUGCAGCCUGCAAUGUUACAAACAGAAUUUGACACUCGAAAGAUUAGGUUGAAUCAAAAGUUAACCAAUUGUGAAAUCAAUGAAUAAAUUUUUUUUUGGAAA